CUAAGUAGGGGUUGUACUACUGAGUACGCAGCAUCAUUGCAGUUAUCUGGGGACCGUGCGCGGGAAAAGUUGACCGUCGCUUUUGCACAGAUUAAACAUAAUUACAAUGACAACCCUUUUACGAAGAAUGUGGAAAAAUAAUUCGAAGCACAAAAAAUUAUGUGAAGAAUGGGCGCUAGCUGAGUGCGAAGGGGAUGGGUGGUGGCGAGACGCAUCCAACGGAAAGGGACAGAUAGACGUGAGAUACGCUGGCGUCGCGCCCGUGGAACGCGCCGCCUCCGCGCCCGCUACCGCGCUCGCUGUUCGCUCCGCUUUGCAUACUGCUAAGACUGCAAACAAAAAGCUCCAGAAAGUAAAUCUGGACAUCAGUUCCAAAGGAAUCAUUGUGUCUGACGCUGAUACACAGGAAAAUGUUCUGAGUGUGUCAAUUUAUAGGAUUUCCUAUUGCUCAGCUGAUGCCGCGAACGCUCGAGUGUUCGCAGUUGUCGAAGGGAAAACCGCGGGAGGUGCGAGCGAGACGCACGUAGUGCACGUGUUUGUGUGCGCGAGACGGAAACAGGCGAGAGCGCUUGCUCUCUCCCUUGCACAUGCUUUUAAUGACGCUUAUCAGGCAUGGCAAGCAACUGAGGCAACUUCACUGCAAUCCGGUGGAAGGCGUAGAGUGACUCCAUGGGCUAAUUUCUCGAGCGAAUCAGAUGAUGACACAGACACUGAGCAAUGGCAGUCUCCAGAGCCGCUUGUUACUUUUUAAUUUAACUAUAGAUAUUUGUAAAAACUGUGCCAAUUUUGAAAAUAAUUAUAACGAGCCAUGAUUAGUA